GGACGGUUUUUGUCGUUGUUAUAUGUGAAAUAUUAAACUGAAAUGAAAAUUUGUCAGAGAUUGUUUGCUGAUUUGAAUAAUUGAUGGGCUAGCUUCAGUUUUAAGAUGGCGGUACUUAAUCGUAUCACGUUUUUUACGAUAUGUGGAUUUUGUAUGUUCGGAAGCCUACAGUGUGAAUCUUCUAAGUUUAACGGCAUAGAACGUAAAUGGAAUAAAUGCACACGACAAGGUUUAGAACUUAAUUGUACCGGAUUACCAAGUGACAUUCCAAAUGGAGUGACGACAGUUCAUCUUAAAAAUAUUUACGUUCCAAAUAGAGUUCUAACACGUGGGGCGUUUUUGUCAACAAACUGGGAGCAUGUUACAAAACUUGUAAUAACUGCGGACAAUAGCCGGACUAAUAUGAAUAAUCCAGUUGGUGUAUUUGAUUCACUGUGUUUCAACGGUUUAAAAAGACUUGAGAUAUUACAUAUAGAUAUAUCAACCACUGUGGUAUUCAGGCCUGACACAUUAAUAGGAAUUCCCAAUUUGAAAUUGCUGGAUCUAUCAGGGUGCCGUAGAUUCGAUAUAGACUUUCUCAUCAGUGCGUUGAAUAACACAAAAGCAGUUCCCAACCUGAGGUCACUAAAUCUGUCCCUCUUAAAUACCUACCAUACCGGAAUCAGACUCGAAAACAAUUUCUUUGAACUCAUUUCAGCAAAAGGAAUAAAGGAGUUGGAUCUUAGUUCCAUCCAAGUGCUCUUCAUGAAUUUGACGUCGUUUAAAGAAAACUGUAAUACUUUAGAAUUUAUGAACAUAUCCCGGAUGAUGUUAAAUGAUUAUGAAAUUGACGAUCAUCCAAGUUUCUGUCCAAAUUUAAAAAGACUGGAUGCCAGCUAUAUAACGUUACCUUCAACAUUAAUUCCUGAUCGUGGUCCUCAGACGCUUGUUGUGGCAAACAAAUCUGUUCCCCUUUUCUUAAAUCUAAUACCGUAUUUUAGAAGUGUCGAAUACUUCAAUCUGGCAGGAUUAAUGGUAAAACAGACGCGGUACAUAUUAAAAAACGUAACAUUUUACGUUGUUGGAAUAAGUAAGUUCAAUUUGAAAACAUUAGUGUUGCGAGACAAUAGAUUUGAAAGACUUGAUUUAAGGGUAAUCGCUAAAAAGUUCAAAUUAGAGUCAAUAGAUUUAUCGCAAUGCAAUAUUCGAUUUAUUAACCCCAUGAUGUUUUCAGGUCUUUCUUUACUGAAACUCAUAGAUCUAUCUCAUAACAACCUAAAUGACAUGGUAGCAGAAAAUUCAAGUUUAUUUGAAAGACUGUACGAAAAUCUGAAACAUCUAACGGAAGUGAAUCUGUCGAAUAACCGUCUAACAACAAUACCGUACAAUAUGUUCGAAUCUAAUCGGAAAUUAGAAAUUAUACACUUAUCAGACAAUUUGUUGACUCAGAUUUCGUUUCACGCAGUUAACUUAAAUAAUCUCAAAACUAUUAAUUUAGAAAGGAACCAGAUAAAGGUCCUCGAUGCUGCAUCCUUGGUACGGCUGAAUGUCAUAAAAGAUUUAAAUAACAGCAAGUAUCCAAAUGGAUCUGAAGGAAAAACUUUAUUCAAGCUAACGGGCAACCCGAUAAGUUGUACCAACUGUGAUUCCCUUGCUAGCAUAACUUGGAUUUUUCAUUCCAAAUCAUCUAUAGAAAAUUCAUCUCUUCUCAAGUGUCGGAAUGAGCACGAGCAACUAGUUGGCAUCGAUCAAUCUGCUAUAGAUAAUGUCCAGAAAAUAUGUAACCGUCCAAAGGUCAUAAUAAUCUCAUGUGCCACUGUCGCGACUGUAUUAGUUGCAGCUAUAGUUUCGUUCAUUGCAACACGGCAACGCCGACGUCGUAAAGCGCAUGAAUUAGAAAUGGCAGACCGCGUGGCACUUAUUAGGGAAGGGACAGAAUGUUACGAGUUUGUGGUAUUUCUGUCGUACAGCAGUCAAGAUGAAGACUUCGUCCAGAAGUAUGUGUACCAGUCCCUCAAUGAGCAUCUUCAGAAAAUGGUCGGAGAUGAUCGGGACCUAAUUUGCGAAGGCGACAGGAAUUUUCAACUUGGACGCUCUAUUCAUGAUCAAAUUUCUGUACUUUUGAAGAAAUCAUCAGUGGUGAUGGUAGUUUUAACUGACAAUUACAGUCAGAGUAUUCAUUGUAGGAAUGAGUUUGAUCAGGCGUUUAUGUUAGAGAAACCAAUCGUGUUAAUGGUCAAAGAUCAAGUUGAAACCGCCCUUAUGACCCCUUUGAUACGAGAUUUGUAUGAGAAAAGGACAAGAGUACUAUGGUUGUGGGAAGACGGACAGUAUAAAUUGAAAACAACCUUGGAAAACGUGUGUACUUCGAUUAUUGAACUUGUUGAUUGUAAAUAAUAUAUCAAACGUGAAAUUCAAACGGCAUGAAGACUAGACCCUAUACGAAACGGAGCAGGAGAUUCGGAGAACUCCAUUGUUGGUUACAUUGUUAGAGAAAACUUUUCCAUCCAUCGAACCGGGAAAUCAUUACGAAUGGGUUAAUAUUAUGAUUUGCCGACUUUUAACAACUUAUAUUACGAUCAUCCUGACAUUGUCGAUAAUUUGAUGACACUUGUUUUAUUUAAGUGGAAUUCCUGAAAAAAUAUGGGUCAUUACGGUGUUGGGAUUUCUUUUCUCACUUAGAAAUAAGAAUCAAAUGUUAAAUAUUUUGUGGAAGAAUUUCUGUUUGUAAUAAUGUGUAUGACACAGGAGUAUCUUUUUUUUAAAAAAGCUAGUCAAUUAUUAUUUAAAUUGGCGUGUUGUGAUGUGCCUUAUAUUGCACUUAUAUUAUUAAACGUGAGUGCAAUACCGAAUUCUGUUUGACCAGUACACAGCUAUCAAACCUAUAUUGGAUAAGGCGACAAGCAAAAUGAAAUCGAGGAUAAAUUAAUUAAAUUGGAUCUGAUAACCAUAAUUAUAUUGAGCGAUCACAUGGUGCAAACGCUUGAAAUUCAUUUUACUACAUUUUAGUAUGGAAAGCCAUGGCUGUCUUAUAUUGUUAUGUUUAAAUUGAUUUAACCAUUUUGGAUAAUAUAUAACUUCACUUCGACUAUAUAUGAAUUGAUCACCUUCUAAAUAAAUCGUAAUCCAUUAUAUUAAUCCACAGUUACAAUAUAUGAAACCAUACCGUCAGCAUCACAGUUUUGGCCAUAUGUCGGUCGUUGAUCCACUUAACAUUUUUUUUAGAUAAUCAGUAAUUAACAGUUUCUCAGCAAGUGAAAGUCAACUAAUCGCCCGUGAUUUCUGAAUCAGCGGUAAGAAAUGACCAUUAGAUUCUAUGUCAUACAUUAUUAUUCUAUUAAAGCUAACUGAAAAGCUUACACACAUGAAAUAAUCAUUAGGAUUCGUCAGGAUUUGAACUCAAAGCGUGUGAGGAUAAAGUGGUUUGAAGUCGGUGACCUUAACUACCCGGAUAUGGAGGCUUAUUCAAAUCAGCCAGUAUCUAAUAAAUCUUAAGAUUCGGCAUUGAUUUUACGACAAAAAUAUGAAUAAAACUUCUGAGGAUUAAAAAAUAGUCUGCUGGUAUUGCAAUCAUAUGAAUUUGAAUUCGGAACUGUAUAUUGUAAAAUACAUUGGAAUUAUAAAUUUAUAUAUUGUUUAUUACAUGGUAAUUAUACAUCGGAACAUUUCUGGCAAGUUUUAGGCAAUUGGAGUAAGACAAAAUAAUUUAAACCAUUCAAGUAUUUUUCUUCAGAUUCAAAUAGUUUUAAUUGUUACAUCCUUUUACAUUAAAUAAAUAUGUAAAACUAUUUUUGACGUCGGCCUCAAAACCAAGCAUUCUACAGUUUCAUUAAACUUUUUAACAGUAUCGUUAUAAAUCUCAUCAAAUACUGUUCAUAAAUAAGGAUUUUAAAUGGAAAACCCCACGAUACACUAAAAUCCGUAUACGGAUUUUAACAUGCAAAUGAAGACUAUAAUCAGCUCGUGUAUGCGCUACGUCACGGUGUUAUAGUUGCUAUCCGGAACACAGCAAAUAUAAGAUUUUCUUGUGCAAACACAAUUUAACCGUUUAAACUUCACGGUGCACUAGGCCUGGGGUUCAGAAAAAUUAAUCAUCUCAUAAAAAAGAUUAAAUUUGUAUGAAAAUAACCGUUACAAUGCGGAAAUAUAACGUUAAAUUAGGACUGCUACUUAUAGCAAUGUUUGUUGAUUUAACAUUGAUGUACGGAUGAUCUGAAGGCAGAGUUUCUCAUGCAAACAAAAAUUGUACUUCCGAAUUCGUCACAAUGAGGUUGCACAUUUGUAUGCUCAUAAAACUCAUUUUGGUUGGAUACCAAAAUAAGACCUGGAGUCGAUAUGAAACACAAUUUUUUAAUGAAAUGUCGCUAUUUCUGUUUUUAUGAAAUUUAUUAAAUGUAACUUUAAGGAGCAGUAAAAAUAUAGACAUUCUUAUAUAAAUCCAAUACAUGUACAUUCUGAAAACAAUGGUAUAAAUGGCAUACAAGAAGAUGACUCAAAUGAAGCUAAGCUAUCAACAUUAUGAAAAUAAUCUUUAAAAUGAUUGGCUGUUUCAAACAUUCUAUUUAUAAACUUGGUUUUAUUUGGCUCUUUCAUACAUUAUAUUUAUAAACAUGAAUCUGAUUGGCUCUUUCAUGAACAAUGUUGAUUUGUUUUCAAUCUGAUUGGCUCUUGCAGACGUUAUUGUUUUUUAAAUUCUGAUUGGCUGUUUCAAAC